UCGAGUGCUAUACAAAUAGGCUUGUACAUUGGUGAAUGUGUCCAGAUCACUUAAACUUAAGUUCUUAUGAACGUUGUGCUAUACAUAUAGACUUGCAGCCAUCAAUAAGAGUUUUUUUCGUUCCCUGUAACGGUAGUACGUUGUCAAAACGAAAUAAAAACCGGAUGAACUUUAAAAUGAAUCGUUUCUUUUAGCCGUAGACCUCCGUCAAGAAGCAUGGCUUUCGCAGGCAACACAUGGUGGACGUAUCUCAUAUUUUCGUUGAUCGCGACAUUUGCAUUGCUAGGCAACAGCCUGGUGUUGUUUGUCCUCCUCACGAAAAAAUCCUAUCUAAAACAGCCAUACAACAUCUUCAUAUUCAGCUUGGCUUUGACCGAUAUUUUAUCGGGAAUAUUCUUGGUGAUCAGUCGGUACCUAUACCUUCCACCUACGCCUGAGGGGGAGAUCCACCGGGAGGUGUUCUGCCGUACAAUAUGGUCUGCGUGGGUCUUGUUCACCUUGGGAUACAUAUCAAUCUACACGUGCACCGCUCUCACGUUUGAACGCUGGCUCGCCGUCACCAAGCCUCAAACGUAUCGCGCCGUCAGACCAGGGCAAGCGAUCAAAGCCGUGGUCUUCGUGUGGCUGUGGGGGAUAAUCAUCAACAUCACCACACUGUUCCGGGCAAAAUUCAUCCCCGAAAAGCAAUCAUGCUCAUGGACAUCACUGAGUGUGGCUAACGAGGUGUUUCCGUGGAUAGAUUUCACACUGCAAUCUAUUGUCCCGUUCGUAUCCAUGGUCCUCCUAUAUUUGCAUAUACUGCACACCAUGAAACGACUGCCGGUCAUGUCGGCUGAGCAUAACCCGAUUAAGAAAGUCACCAAAGUAGCGCUGGCAGCCUCAACAACGAUCAUAAUCGGUUGGAUUCCCAGCCGGGUAAGCUUUAUGUUGAGCAAAUAUGGCAUAGUCGAUCCAAACAGCUUGCUCCACUAUUGUCUCAUCAUGUUGUCGAUAGCCAACAGUUGCUGGAACCCAGCCCUCUACGGCAUCUACAGCUCGCAGUUCAGAACGGAGUAUGCAAAGUUGUACCGGAGGCUGUUUUGCCUGGAAAAACACCACGUGCCUGUCGUGGAGGGAGUCGUGAAUAAUGGUGCUCGAGAGCGAAGUUCUGGUUCGACUGGAACUCAAAGCACCACCAAAAAUACUCAACUUUGAGGUUUUGUAAAGGUCUGUGGCCGGUUGUAGCUAUAUAAAACUCUUUACAUUUUGCAAUUGAAUAGUUAAAUCCUAGUUAACUCAGAAAUACACGACUCUGGUUGGCCAAUUCUGUCCUUAACUACAAUUAAAAGUUAAUUAACUAGCCUUUUAUACAACUGGCCCCUGAUCACACGAUCCAGUUUUGUCGAAUCCAAUUCACUUCUGAGGUAUAGUAUGUAGUCUGUUUUCGAUAAAAAUUCUGCAUUGGUUUUAGCCAGCGAACUCUAUAAACCCAGGAACGAUAACUAACUGAUAUUUGGGCGCCAUCUUUGAAGCCAAUUUGAAGCCGAAUUGGCUACCAGUGCCAGACCCUUCCUAUUGUUUUUGCCGGCGCGAUCGUCGACCGUGAAAACAAAAAUAAUAGCAAAGGAUUGGCUCUGGUAUCCAUUUUGGCUACAUAAUGGUAUCAAAGACGGCGGCCGAGUUAUCGUUAGGGUCCAGCAUAGACAAUCAAGGUCACAUAGAGUCGACUCAGUGGUUUUAGUUGAUUUAUCACCUACAUACAUUGCACGUCAACAGGCUAUAAAACAUCAAUCUAAAGUGAAUGGGAUCCGAUAAAUUUGGAUCGUGUGAACACACUCUAAUACGAUAUUGAGAAAUGUGCUCGCACGACUUAGAACAAAAACGCAUUUAGAUCGAAAGUUAAUUGGUUGCUCUGAAUAACUUCAGAAAAGACUGUCCACUUUGAUUGUUGCGACGAUGUUACGGUUUACAACUAUUAUAAAUAGUUGCACUUGACACACUUUCCGGAAAUUGAAAUUUGGAAAUGGCUUUCAAACAAGAUUUGGCGGUGCUGAUGGGAUUCAUAGGUCUUAGUAAAACAUGUAUUAGUAUAUUCGUAAAUAAAAUAAUUAAAAUCAUUGAAAUGCUUAAAAUGUCAGUAAAUGAAUAAAAAGAAU